AUGCCCUUAGUAGCGAGCUGUCCAACAGCAACCUGCUCCUUCAAAAAAUACCUCUCACUUGCAGUAUGCGCCAAGGUCAAGGACGUCGGUCAGUUUCUAAAUGUCUCUACAAUAGCCUCUGGCGAAGGCGGAUUUAAGGAUAACAGUCAUACACGAACAUACUCUGCCGCGCUACCAAAUGGGAUACACUUGAGAACCACGGUCACGUAUUCUCUGUGGACCCAGUCAGGGAACGCUUCAUCACUUAGCUUCCAUGAAGACGCAGGAUACCCAGCAGCGUUAGCAAAUCACUUCAUCAUCCAUUCCCGUGCCGCUGACAACGACAGUAGCCCCUUUUUACCAGAGAGCACUGACAAGACACGACGCCACCAGCAUCAGCAGCCCGAAUUUGGUGCAUUGGAAGUAUUGAUAUAUAUGUGUAUCAAUGAGUACGAUACUAGCGUAAAAGAAGGAAAGUCCCGUACACAACAGAAAACAUUGCCAUCAUCUCUCUUAAAAGAUGAACAAGGUACAGUUAGGGAGAUCCCAAAGCUUCACUGUCCUACUCUUAGGUCGGGCUCAGACACUGUUGAUUGCAUUAUACCCAGCACAUACAACUCUCAGGAGGCAAGUACAAACUUGUCCUUUGCUCCUGGGAUAGACCAAAAUCAAGAGUACGUCAACUACAAAAAUACGAAAGAAAGCUUCAGUUUCACUUUUGGAACCGCCGUAACGACCUCUCGAUCGCUCAACUCGUUGAUGCAGGGAAUGGCAACCUGGGAAAAAGACGGCGGGAACACAAAGAGGGAUGGAUACAGCAGUUUGUGGCUCAAAGGUGCAAUUUAUGGACGCGAUAGGGAUAUUAUCAACCCCGAAAAGCAGCUCGAGAGGGUUCGGGCUUAUUUUGAUGGACUUGCAACUCAAAUGACCAACCAGUAA